AUGCUACGGAAACGACGAAAUUCAAUUCAUGGCAAGACCGUAGCUAUUCGCAGAGACUUCAAAAGAAAACCUCGUGUUUCGAUCUUGGCGUUCAUAGGCGUCAAUGGAAUAAUCGACUACUAUGAUGGUGAGGGGACGUUUGACCGCGUCGGGUUUGUCAAAUGUUGUCGCAAUUUCGUCUACCCAAAGAGAGCAAAUGUUCGUCUCUACCCUGGUUCGAACUCAAUUUGGAUUCUCGACGGAGCUUCCAUACACCGGCACCCAGAAAUUGUUCGCGUUUUGAGGAGCGUUGGUGUAGUAUUAAUUUUUCUUCCAGUGUAUUGUCCAUAA